AUGUUCUACUUUGUCAUAAAAGCGUUAUGUUAUUUAAGAACAAAUGAAAAUGAACUUGCAUUAACAGAUAGUUUCAAUGCAUUACAAAUUGAUCCUUCUAAUCCAAAAGCAUGGUUUCGUCAUGCAGUAGCAUCUGCUAAUUUAAAAGAUAAUAAAACAGCACUACUUGAUUUAAGAAGAGCAAUGACGUUAUCAUCUGAUGGAAGUAUUACAUCAUUAUAUAAUCAAUUAAAGAAAGAAGAAUAUCCAGGAAGGUGUUGUGGAGAUUUAGUAAUUCCAGAAAGUAAAAUAAAGAAUGAAGAACAAGAAUAUAAAGGGGAAAUAACAUUUAGAAUAUUAAAAGAAUUUAUUGAAGAAGGGAAAUAUCCAAAGACAUUAAUACGUUCAAUAAUUAAGAAAUCAAAAAAGAUUUUAGAUGAAAGAAAUGCUAUUAAUUAUAUUAAUUGUUCAAAUAUUCGAAUAAUUGGUGAUAUUCAUGGACAAUUUUCUGUUGUUUCAAGAAUAGCAGAAGAAAUAGAAGAAAAUCAACAAUGUGUUUUAUUUAACGGAGAUUUAGUAGAUAGAGGAUCAAGAGGAUUAGAAUGUAUUAUUGGGGUUUUGACAUUGAUUAUAGAAUAUCCUAAUCUUGUAUAUUUAAAUAGAGGAAAUCAUGAAGAUAAAGAAUUAAAUACUACAUUUGGAUUUUAUGUAGAAGCAAUAAAUAAAGUUGGAUUAGAUAUUUAUAAAGAAAUAACAGAAUUAUAUAUUUCUAUUCCUUUAGUUCAUGUAAUUAGAGAUUCUGUAUUUGUUGUUCAUGGAGGAAUUCCAAUAGAACCAAUCAAUAUUAAAAGAGCACCAAUAACAAAAAAAGAAAAAUAUGAAGAAUUUGAUAUUGAAAAUGCAUUUUUAUGGGCAGAUCCUCAAAUUAAAAACGGAUCAUCAAGGUCACCAAGAUUAAUUGGAAGAACAUUUGGACCUGAUAUUUUAUUAAGAUUUUUAUAUGAAAAUAAUUUAAAAUUUAUUGUAAGAAGUCAUGAAGUUAAAAAAUAUGGUUUUGAAUGGGAUCCUACUGGAAAAUUACUUUCUUUAUUUUCUGCACCAAGAUACGAAGGAUUGGAUAAUGUUGGUGCAUAUGUUGAUUUAUGGUUUGACCAAGAAGAAUCUCCUGAAAUUCCACAUUUUACAAUAAGUACAUUUAAGGAUUAUGAUAUUAGAGAUCAUUAA